CGCUGACUGGCUGCGGUAAGCGUCGCUCAGGCGCUGCGCUGCUAUCAAGUUGCGGCGGAGCUGGUGACAAGGGCUGCAAAAGCCGGGGCUGACUUUGAGUUCGUAGCAGCUCCAACUCAAGAGGGAGAGCCGAGAGUCGGAGAAGCCCGGCGACCUCCUGCCAACUUCAACCCGGAGCAUGUUUGAGCACUCUGCGAGGCACAGCGCCAUCCGCACCGCCGACUCAGUCACUGACUGACUUCUGUACCUUUUCAGCCCCCAGCGAUUCGCGAGGGACGGGAGAAAAGCGAAGGAGGAGCUGCAGUGUAUGUGUGUGCGUGCGUGCAUUUUUGCAAAUUGCUCCGGAGGAGGAUCGAGGGAGAUGGCUGCGUUUGCUGCUGCCCUGAUGCUUCUGCUGACGGCGGUGGUACCUCGGGUUUCAGGGCAGGAGAAGGAUUACAGCCUCCGGGAGGAGCUGCCCGAUAACGUGCUGGUGGCCAAUCUGGUGCGGGACCUGAACCUGACGGCGGCGGCGGCGGCCGGUCUGCCCCUCACCUUCAAGCUGGUCUCCAAGACCGGGGAUGCCCCGCUGCUGCGGGUGGAGGGCAGCAGCGGGGAGCUAUACACCACUAUCCACCGCAUCGACCGGGAGAAGCUGUGCGCUAACUCCUUCAGCGACAGCCGCUGCUUCUACGAGGUCGAGGUGGCCGUGCUGCCCAACGAGGUCUUCCAGCUGGUCAAGAUGCGCUUCCUCAUUGAAGAUGUCAACGACAACGCUCCGCUUUUCCCCUCGGCGGUUAUCAACAUCUCCAUCCCGGAGAACACAGCCGUCAACUCCCGCUACUCGGUGCCCUCUGCCCUGGACCCGGACGCUGGCAUCAAUGGCAUCCAGCACUACGAGCUGCUCAAGGGGCAGAGCGUCUUUGGGCUGGACAUCAUUGAGACCCCCGAAGGUGACAAGUGGCCCCAGCUCAUUGUCCAGCAGAGCCUGGACCGCGAGCAGAAGGACACCUAUGUGAUGAAGAUCAAGGUGGAGGACGGCGGCGAGCCCCCACGCUCCAGCACCGCCAUCCUCCAGAUCACCGUCACCGACGUCAACGACAACCGGCCUGUCUUCAAGGAAGGGGAGACCGACGUCCACAUCCCCGAGGACGCGCCGGUGGGCACGUCAGUCGUCCAGCUGCACGCCACCGACGCCGACCUGGGCUCCAAUGCCGUCGUCCGCUUCUCCUUCAGCAACCAGGUCUCUCCGCUGGCCCGCCGCCUCUUCGCCAUCAAUCCGUCCACCGGCCUGAUCACCGUCAGGCAGCCGCUGGACCGAGAGGAGUUCCCCGUGCACAAGUUGACCGUCCUGGCCAGCGACGGGAGCUCGACCCCCUCCAGGGCCGUGGUCACCAUUAACAUCACUGACGUCAAUGACAACGUGCCCGCCAUCGACACCAGGUAUAUCAUUAACCCCGUCAAUGGCACCGUCUUGCUGUCGGAAAACGCACCCCUCAAUACCAAAAUCGCCCUGAUCACCGUCACGGACGAAGAUGCAGAUCUAAAUGGGAAGGUCACCUGCUUCACUGACCACGAUGUCCCAUACCGUUUGAAGCCUGUGUUUGAAAGCCAGUUCUUACUAGAAACUGCUGCCUUGCUGGACUAUGAGAGUAUGAAAGAAUAUACUAUUAAGAUAGUGGCUUCCGAUGCAGGCAAACCACCGUUGAAUCAAUCAGCCACUGUGGUGAUUAAGCUGAAGGAUGAGAAUGAUAAUGCUCCUGUUUUUAAUCAGCCCGUAAUUGGCCUGUCAAUCCCUGAAAAUAACACCCCUGGUACACAGUUAACAAAAAUCAGUGCCACUGACGCGGACAGUGGGAAAAAUGCAGAGAUCGCUUACCUCCUGGGUCCCAAUGCCCCGUCUGUCUUCAGUGUAGAUCGGCGAACUGGCAUUCUGUCAGCUAUGAGGAGAUUAGACCGAGAGAAACAGGACCGUUAUGUUUUUACAGUACUGGCCAGGGAUGGAGGCAAGCCUUCUAUUCAGAGCAACGCUACUGUGGUUGUGACUGUGUUAGAUCAAAAUGACAACAGCCCUUCCUUCACACACAGUGAAUACAAUUUCUACGUGCCUGAAAACCUGCCCAUGUAUGGAACAGUUGGACUUAUUACUGUUACAGAUGCAGAUGCAGGAGAUAAUGCAGCUGUUAGCCUUUCCAUCUUGAAUAAUAAAGGCUACUUUAUCAUUGACCCCACCAGUGGGGUCAUCAAGCCCAAUAUUACGUUUGACAGGGAGCAGCAAAGUUCCUAUACAUUUCAAGUCAUGGCUGUGGAUGGAGGAAGGCCUCAAAGGUCCUCUGUGGCCAGGGUGACCAUAAAUGUUGUUGAUGUAAAUGAUAACAGUCCAGUGUUUGUAUAUCCUCCAUCUAACUUCUCGUAUGAACUAGUAUCGACCUCUGCUAACCCUGGCUCUGUGGUGGGUAAAGUUUUUGCAAUUGACAAUGACACAGGGAUGAAUGCGGAACUGCGCUACAGUAUAGUCAGUGGCAAUUCCAGAGGACUGUUUGCCAUUGACCCAGUGACUGGCAAUAUCACUUUGCAAGAGAAGGUGACUGCUGCAGACCAUGGCUUAUACAGGCUCGUGGUGAAGGUCAUUGAUUUGGGUCAGCCGGAAUCCUUGCAUGCCAUGGCACUUGUGCACUUGUUUCUCAAUGAAACCAUCAAUAAUUUCACCUACGUUCAAGACCUGGUACGGAAGAGUAUGGAAACGCCAUUGGAUAAGAACGUUGGAAACAGCCAGAUGACUCCACAGACUAAUGAUUAUAUUAAGAUUGUUAUAGCUAUCAUAGCUGGGACUAUGACUGUCAUUCUUGUUAUUUUUGUGACUGCUUUGGUGCGUUGCCGUCACACGCCACGACAUAAAACUGUGCAGAAGGGGAAACAGAGCGGGGAGUGGGUGUCUCCCAAUCAGGAGAACCGACAGAUUAAGAAGAAGAAAAGAAAGAAGAAGAGGUCGCCAAAGAACCUUCUGCUGAAUUUUGUUACAAUUGAGGAGUCCAAACCAGAUGACCCUGCUCAUGAGCACAUCAAUGGCACGUUGGACCUUCCAGUGGAAUUGGAGGAUCAGACUAUGGGCAAGUACAACUGGGGCACAACACCCACCACUUUUAAACCCGAUAGCCCGGACCUGGGAAAACACUACAAGUCAGCCUCCCCACAGCCCUCCUUUCAAAUCAAGCCAGAGACUCCAGUGCCGGUUAAGAAGCAUCACGUGGUCCAAGAGUUACCGCUGGAUAACACAUUUGUGGUGGGCUGCGACUCCCUGUCCAAGUGCUCUUCAAGCAGUUCUGACCCCUACAGCGUAUCAGAAUGCAGUUGUCAGGGAGGCUUCAAGACUGCAGGGCCAAUCCACACCAGACAGUCACAACGAAGGGUCACAUUCCACCUUCCUGAUGGCUCUCAGGAAAGUUGCAGUGAUAGUGGGUUGGGUGACCAUGAACCCAACAGCAGUGCCAGCACAUCGCACCCUCUGCCCCUUGGCUUCCCACAGGAGGAAUACUACGAGCAAACAUCCCCAAGCAGGACUGAAGGUGAUGGCAACUCAGACCCUGAAUCAAGGGGUAUGUGUAUCUCUGAAAGUUCAUUUCGUUGUCCUGGUUCCACAGAACAUCGCAACGUCCACCUGAAUGUGGAAUCAAACGUGAACCCUCCUUUAAGGGGUGUCGAGGUGUCUCUUCAGAAAGUGCUGCCUGAAGCCUCGGAGACUUGCACACAGGAGUGUCUUGUCCUCGGUCACUCUGACAACUGCUGGAUGCCCCCAUCGCUGACCCAGUACCAGCAGCCUAAUCCUCCCCUGCCGUCUAUUGGAUUUCAGCAGAGCUGGGGCAGAAAUGGCAGGUCAGAGGGGAGGCAUUCUCUGGGGAGAGCCAGCAACAAGGAUGACAGUGACAAAAGCCAAGGCGGUGGCAGACAGCAAUUGUACAGCAACUCGGAAAGACACUGCAGCAACGAGGAUCCUGUGAAGGUCAUUCCCCUGGCAAACUUUACGCCAAACCAGCAGGGCUCAGUGUCAGGUGACAGCUCUCCCUAUGUCCGUGAGCACCAGCUUUAGAAAAGCACCUCAAGGCAACAUUUGGGUGGUUUUGAAGCCAGGAUGUAUAUAGUCACAGCUUUUAGUCCAUGUAGAGCCCAUACAUCAAAAUAUACAAGACUGCAAACAUCUGUAUACAUUUAGUAAGACAGGCCUUUCAGAUAAGUUGUGUAUAAAGCUGUAUAUUGGCAGCUUCUCUGUGUUGUUAAAUACAAUCACCGGAAAUAAAUGUUUGUGUUGUGGAAUGACAAAAGUGGGUAUAUUUUUAGGAUUGAAUUUUGUGGACUACCAUCCUGAAGUUCAGUGGCAAGCCAGAAUCAUCUCUUUCUUUCUGGAGUUAAUGAUGUCAGACACUAAUCUGAAAAUGCCAGCAAGAAAACAGACUGAAUGAAUACUAUAGGUUUUGCUUUCACUGAUCUUUUAAGCCAGUUUUACCCCUCUUGCUCCUGAUCAGUGCCAAAAAUCUGAAAUUCCUUGGUACUUUGCAGUGCAAGGAGGCCAUUUCUCAGUGGAGUGAUAAUUUAUGUAAAUCAUUAUUUAUAUAUAAAAGAAACUGCAGAACACACCUGGUCUGCACUAGAUGACUUUUUUAAGUUGUGUCACUGCCCCUCUGUUCAGGGAAAAGGAACAAACAUUUGCAGUAGGAAAGCUAACACUGUUGAGUCUUAUUAACUGCCCGAUGAUGAGCCUCCCUGAAACAGUGCACAACCUCACAUUAAAGAGGCACUCCAACUUUGUAGAGUGCCAAGCAGAUUUGAGAAACAAACAGCCCAGGCCUUUAUGCUGUUGUACUGGGUGUUUUACACCUAAGUCACCUAAUUCUUUAUUCUUUACAAAGUGGGUUUUGUUUUUAACUUGAAAAGGAUUGAAUGCUGUUAUGUGUGCAGCUCACAUAUUCCAUAUGUAGAGUAGUUUGAAGUCAAUGUAUUGAAACAUGCAACAUACAUUUUAUACAUAAAGCUUAUAUACUUAUAGUUAAUUAGAAGUGAUCUGAUAUACUAUUUCUAUAUUGUAUGUUUGAUUCUGAAUUAGACUAAACUACAGAUUGCUCUUCUUAAAAAAAUCUUAUAGGACAAUCUGCUGAAAUCCUAUAAAUCCAAAUCUUACCUAUCACAAGAUAAUUUGUUCAAUUCUAUGGAGCAUUACUGUGUCUUAUAACUGAAUACUCUAGGGUUAUUUCAGCUAUGCUAGAUGAGAAAAGUGGACAGUGUUUGACACUGAUCCUCCAGUUGUACCUGCAGAUUUUACUGAAGAAUUGAAGAACCACCUUCGCCACCCAGAAAUUCAGAUUUAAUACCAAAUGGCUUGCUACUAUGUUGUGACGUAAAGGGAGAAGCCUUUUGUUUGUUAUUAUGUUAUAAUCAGGUAACAUGCACAAUUUCCAGACACUCUGGAUAGAUGACAAUCUCAGAAAGCAUUUAGCAAAUUAAGGAAGACGAACAUAAAGACUUUUUAUGGAGUUCUGCUUCCGGAUACUGUAUGUAGAGUUAGCUAACUAGUCACUCAAAGCUAUUAAAAAAUGCAUAAAUCUGCUGUAUGAUUGCUUGUAAAACAAUGAAAGUUGCUAUGUAUAUUAGAUGUGGGGGGUUUUGCACCAUAAAACGGGGAUUGUGGGAAAAGCUUAUUGUGCUGUUUAUGUGCUCAGAGGGUAUAAGUAGCUUUGUAAUUUGUCAAAUGUUGUUUCACAGUAAUCUGUUCAAAUCACAGGCAGUUACAGUGUGCAAAAGAGCGUCACCUAAUUAAACAGUUACUUUAAUCACUGAAUGAUGGAAGAGCAUUAAAAUAAAAUCAGUCUUGUUGAAAAAAAUUUAAGUAUUUCUUGGUAGUUCUGGUAGCUUUAGGAUAUGGGAAUAUUUGUUAUUAUUUGUGCAAAGCAUUACAGUUGAAAUUGCAUGUUAACAGUAAACAAUGUUAACCCUUCCAGAACUGACAUUGCCUAUGAAUUUCCUGUAGAUUAAUAAUAGUUUGCAGAAUUUGUUUAGGGAAGGGGAUAGAAAGAGAGUCAUCAAUGUUAUUCACUGUGCUUUGUGUUGAUCUGCAGAUGUUUUACAAAAUCCCAUUACUGGUCUGGAAAAUGCCAGUAAAACUUAGCACCAGGCUAGACUGAGGAUCUUGAUCACAAGAGGAAAUUUGUUGGCUGCAAUAUAAUUGUUCAUGUUUUUGCCCUUAUUCUUCUCAUGUUAUUUAAACUCCUUCUCUUUACACCCUCUCAAACCCUGGCAACAAUGAGAUUAUAAUGAUGUUGCACACAAACCUCUCCCCAGUGAAAUCAUUCGGUUGAGUGUACACAUCCAGGCUGAUAAAAUCUGUGUACCUAAACCAAGUUUGUUUUCUAUUGAUCCACUGUAUUCUUGUCUGUGCUGUCACUUUUUAAUGUGUCAAAGGGGAUCAGGAUUAGGGGUGGUUCAGUCUUACAUAAUGGAGCUUUUCCAGGGACUUACUCCAGACCAAGUGAAAACAUUAGUUGCCAUAUAAAUCUGUUGACAUGUAUAGAGAAUGCUUAUGCAGUGUGAGAGCAAGAUUCGAGUAGGUAGAAGAAACUUAGGAAUAGGUUAUUCAUUCUGAAGCCCAUUUCAUCAUUUAGUUAAGCUAGAGAUGACCUGUAACGUAAUGUACACACCCUUGCUUCAUAACACUUGACACAAUUAUCAAAAAUUGAUCAGUUUUGAAAUUUUCAAUCGACAUAGCCUCAACACCUAUUUGAGGGAGAAAAUUCCAGGUCUUGUCUACCCUUUACAUGAGGAAGUGCUCCCUGAUAUCAAUAUUGAAUGCUCUAGCUCUAAUUUUAAUGUUGUGCCUCCCUUCCUAUGGACUAGCCCACCAGCUGGAAGUUUCUCUCUAGGUAGCUUAUCAAAUUAUUUAAUCAUUUUAAACACCUCAAUCAAAUUGUUACUUACUCUUUUAUGCACACAAGAGAAUGUUCCUCGGCUAUGCAGCCUGUCCCCUUAAUUUAACCUUAUCAACUCCAAUAUCACUUUGGUGACUGAGCACUGCCUUCCUUCAAGGUUAGCUUCCUGAGGUACCAUGCCCAAAGCUGGAUGCAGUGCUCUACAUGGGGAUCAAGCAAAAAACUUUAGAAAGCCUUGACAUCUUUUGUAUUCGAGGCCCCUUGAAAGAAAGACUGACACACCUUCAGUAUUUUUUUAAAAUUAGUAUUUGCAUCUGUCCAAAAGAAAGGAGCGACUUCAUUUUCUGCAGGGAGAGUUAUGGUGCAUUGAGGGGAUAAUAAUCACAUGCAUUUGACUAGCAUAACCAAAUAUAUGCAGCAAGAACUGCAAAAGAAAAACAACAUUGAACAAAAGUUGGCAAUAAUGUGCAGCACUAUCAGAUAAUAUGGGACGAAAUGCGGCAAUUAGUAGUGAACUAAUGAUCAAGGCAACUAUUCCGGAAUCCACAGUAGAUGUCUCAUAUGCCUUAAAGGAGAUACAAGUAGUGUGAUUUCAGUCCUUUAAGGGUUGCUACUCUAAAAUAUUUGAUUUGUACAUUUUUAAUUUAACAAAAAAUGGUAGGUUUGCGAAUUCAUUGAUUACUUGUGGACUGUCAUUUAAAUAUUGUUUUAAAAAUAGUCAUGGCUUUUUACUGUCAUCUUUCACUCUCUUGUUCAAUAUGUUUUGCAAAAUAAAUAA